UUCCGUGCUUGGUAGUCUCCACUCGACCACGCCACUCCAUUUCCUGUCGUUACCGACAUUCCCGCCGCUUCCCACGCCAUUCCAUUUCCCCGCCGCCACUGCGGAUCCAGUCACCCCUUCCAUUCGCCAUCCCCUUUCGCUUCUCUUUCGCCGCCCUUUUCGCGAAUAUUCGCACACCAUGGGUGGAGGCGGCGGUGCUGCUGGCGGUUACCCUAACGUCUGGGCGUUAACCGGCGGGUGGUACUGCGAUCCGAAAUACUGGCGGCGCAACACGGCGUUCGCUCUGGCCGGUAUCUUUGCCGUCUGCGUUCCGAUCGCGCUGACGUCAGCACGGCUCGAGCAACGGCCGAUUGCGCCGAGCCGUGCCAUUCCCUCGCAAAUGUGGUGCGCCAACUUCCCCAGUGAGGAGAAGCAAGUAGCCGAGGAGUGAAGACACCGCUUGUUUAGGUUACUUUCCUAGUUGUGGAUUCUAAUUCGCCUAGCGAGGAGAAACAAGUCUCAGUAGAAAAAAUUGACUAGAAAGAUGGCUACAUGGGAAUACAACCUAAAGUGUUGUACUUAAUAUGAGUAUGCACCAGGGCUGACGUUUCAAAAAACGACACUAAGAUUUUGCUGUAAGAAACAGAAUGAAUGGAC